CAAUGCAACGCGGACGAACAUGCGGGAUCCUCCGAGAAGACGGGACAAAAUAUCAGAUUAGGGACAAAUUAAGACAAAGCAGGUCGUUACAACGAUAAUUUGUGAAUGGUGUAAUUGAAUAGUGGUAGCUGUAGCUGCCUAAUUUGAAAAAAUAGUUUAGUAAGUUCCAACUUUGUUGGUGGAGGUUAGCGGUGUGACAGAAGCCAACAUCAGACUUUGCUUUGGCGACAGGGACAGCAGAGUUAGCUAGCUUCAUAGCUAAUGUUCAGCUGUCAGCUAUCUUGACAACAAAACAAUGUUCCGUUGAUAACCAUAGUUUGUUAUUUAGCAAGCCAGAGUAUAGACCAGAUCAAAGCUAUCAUUAAAACAAAAAUCUCUGUGAUUUCUUCAACUAUCAACAAGACCAUUGACGUUGGCUAACUAACGCUAGUUUUCGUUGUCCAAGUGAGCCACAGCCGGUAUUGGCUAUUGUUAAAUUGACUGAGGCGAGUCGCUGAAUCAUUUACUGGGCCAAAAUGAACAUCGACGAGGCGGCAGCUCCGAAACCUGUCACCGACGAUGAUGGUAUGACAUGGUGGUACCGAUGGCUCUGUAAAAUCGUUGGGGUCCUGGGCGGAGUAUCAUGUGCCAUCUCAGGAGUGUGGAUGUGUGUCACUGUCAACCCUUUAAACAUCGCUGCUGGAGUAUGGAUGGUGUUGAAUGCCUUUGUGCUGUUCCUGUGUGAAGUCCCAUUCUGCUGCCAGUUCAUUGAGUUUGCAAACGCAGUGGCAGCUAGAGCUGACAAAUUCAAGCCAUGGCAGAAAGCCUUCUUCUACUGCGGGAUGGCACUGUUUCCCAUGUUCCUGAGCUUCUCCAUCACCACGUUGUUUGGGAAUGCCAUUGCCUUCGCUACAGGAGUCCUCUAUGGUCUCGCCUCCCUGGGCAAAAAGGGCGAUGCGGUGAGUUAUGCCAGGCUGAAUCACCAGAAACUGGGGGAUGAGGAGAAGCUGACCGGGAUGACUGACGGGUCAAUAUAGUGACAUGGCUCAUCCCUCCGGUCUCACAGAGGAGGAACACUAUCCUUAACCAAGGGACAAAGAUGUCAACCCCUCUUCCCCUCCCCCACCAUCGCAUCUCUUCUCUUUAACCCCACCUCUCCCUCUCUGUUACUGGGUUUAUUUAUGGAUCUAAACUGCUGCAUCUUUAAUGUCUUAUUUGAUGAAAUGUGUCCGUAUAGAUAACUAUAGAUUUUAUGUAAUUUGGUCCUUUUAUAGUGUGAAUUUAGUUUUCCAUGACAUUUUAGUUAAUGUAAAGGUUUAGCUGUUGUUUUAAUACGUUUUGGGGGUUAUUCAUUCAUUUUUUUGUAAUGUUUUGUUGUCCUGGUUACUGGGGUAUCCAUUUUUGGCAAGUAGGAAAAGGAAUGUACCAUUUUAGCCAAUCCGCCUUUCAGGAAACCUGGGCGAUUAGUGAAUGUGGAAUUGUAGUUUUUGGAAUUUCCCAAGUCAUCUUACUCUGUUUGUGCCACUGGCAAUUGGACAUUUGGCCAUUGGGACAGUAAUCCCAAAUGUAUAUCCAUCCAGUGUACCCAAAGAUGGGAGUCCUCUUUUAUAUGGGUUACUUGAGAUAUGAACAAGUUUCCAACUGAACAGUUUGAACAAACAUUGACAACAUUGCAUGUUUACAGAGGACAUAGAACUAUGAUGUCACAGUGAAUCCUAACAACAGUUUUCAGUGCACAGAUGAGAUGAACUAUCUGAUCAGCUUUUGGGGCAUUCUACAAAUUUGCUUGUAAUCAAACAGUCACAGGUUGCUACAGGUUGUGUAUAUCAUGAGAAGAAAAACAGAUUAAGGGCUCAAUUCAAUACAUCUCUCGGAAGUUCAGCGCUGUAGUGCAAUUGAAAUUCAAAGGUAAUGUUCCCGCUUUCGUGGAGACUACAUUCACGGUAAACGAUACACGUCGGUCAAUCGGAAAUUACUUUAACAUUUAAAUCACGCUAUUGCGCUGAACUUCUGUGAUACGAAUUGAAUUGGGCCCUAAAGAAAGGCUACGGUGCUUUAGAACCUAUCUAUUGUUGGUGUUCUCUUCUGGAACCUGAAUUGAUCUAGAACCCGGUUGAUCUAUGCCGCUUCAGAAUGUUUGUUUUCGACUACAAAUCCUAGUGUGAUCUAGCCUUCUGACCCAUGGAAGCAGCAUGUUAAAGGUUUAAGGACUGUGAUGGGAUAAUGUCUUGAUUCAGGGACUAAUAGUGUGUAACACAGCACACAAAGCAAAUAUUUGCCUUUUUCCUUAGUCAGAUAGGAGAUACAAUCUUCUGUCCAACAACUGAUCACAGGUUCAAAUGUGUUGUUCAGCAACAUGCUACUGUUGUUUUUUUUGGUUGAAUCUUUUGGUGAACAAUAAUGCAUUGAGUUAGCUUGUUUGGCCACACCUCUUACAGUAGUGUAUCUCGCACAUUAUCUCUGGAUUGGAAAUCAUUUCAAUCAGUAAAAUGGUCACCCAUGAUCGGUUCUCAGUUAGGCAUAUUUUAUUUUCUAUAUACAUCAUACAGGGUAACUAGCAAGAACACUAUUGCAGGUCACUUUAACCAAUGCAUAGGUACUAUCCACAUACACGUACAAAUGAACCAGCUUUUGUUAAAAUGAAUCAAACACUACAGGCAUACAAGCGAUAUUCUAUCACUUAGGAAUUAUAUGAAACACUAUUUAAGCUCAUAGUUCAAAAUAAUAUGCAACAUAGGUGUGUUAGCAGCUGUCUAAUGUAGCUUCACAGUUAACUAUUUUUCCCUGACAGAAAGCAACUGGGGGGAAAACUAGGAAUUUCAUGAAUGUUUCAUGCAUUGACCCAGAGGUCUAUAUUGCCCAUGGAUCAUUCUCAUAAAAUUGUCCAACAAAACA